ACCACAAUCAUCUGGAUAUUAAAAAAUAGUAUUCCGCACCCGCCUGACACAGGUGGAAGUUUCGACUGGUGGUUAGGAUAAGCAGGGAUAUCUACAGCAAUCUACGUCUUCUAUUCUCCCUGGGAUAAGAGAGCUUUGCGAACGGUUUGUCACUGCGAGGAGCUCGUCUAAGGGUGGGUAACUCUUUCUCUUACUCGUUCCUCCCCAAUCGCGCUCUCCUGAAACGAAGGGCAAAAGUUUCUUUGACAACAAGACAACAAAGCUGUGAUGGAUAUACCGUCAGCACCGAACAAGUUCUUUUCUUGACCCGACGUGUUGUGCAGAGUUCUUGAACUCUCCAAGAUUAAAUAAAGAUGCCCAAGAAAGGUAAGGGAAAGGGGAAGGGGAAAGGAAAAGGCAAGGGAAAGAAAGGGCGUAGUCGUCUGAGCGAGACGGAUGAUGUGGUGAUGAAGAAGCUCCUCAAGUGCUACGAGCGGAACUGUGCCCUCACAGACUCGCAGAUGUGCCCCGGGAUCAAGGCUGCAAUCAAGGCGGCCAUGGAGGGGGAAAAGCUGCUCACCAGGUUCAUCCUAGAGUCGAUGCCGCUGGAACAAGACGGGGACCUGCCGGUGCUGCUAGAACCAUUCCUGGCAACGAUCAGACAGGAGCGUUACAUCCUCAUCAAAGACCUCCAUAUCUGGGAUUACCCCUUGUCUUAUGAGAAUGUGGCCACACUGUCCCUGCUGAUGGAGAAACCUGCAUACCUUCUGAGACAGCUGGAGAUGCGGGACUGUCUGCUGGAGGCCAACUCCAUCAACAGAUUUUCAAGAAUCUUCCGGGCAUGUGACACAUUGACUAUUCUGAAUCUCGACUACAACGAGUUUGGUGACGAGGGUUGUCAGUAUUUGUGUCGAGGUCUGGAUGGGAACGUCACGAUGUUGUCUCUCAGUCUGUGCUACUGUGACCUGGGGAAGGAGAGUGGCCGCUAUCUUGGACAUAUCCUCUCCACGACAGCUGUAAGGGAGAUGUACCUAGACGGCAAUAAUCUGGAGUGUGAGGGGGUCACAGAACUCAUCAAGCUGUGUGUGGACCAGGCGGAGGCGGAAUCCUUCCAGAAGGCCGAGGCGGCUCGCAUCAAGGAACAGGAGGAAGCACUGAAGGCAGAGAUGGAGAAGGAGAACCGCUAUGCCACACACAGUGAGCAGAGUGCAGGUGCUGAAUCUGAUGGCGCCAAGUCUCCCACGGGCAAGAAGAAGAAGAAAAAGGGCAAGAAAAAGAAGAAGUCGAAGGAGCCCCCUCCCCCUUCCCCGGUUGGGCCGUGGGUGUACAAGCUCCAUGUUGCCGACAAUGGCAUCGACUCCAUGGGGGACAGCAGGGAGGUAGCACCCAUCAUCUGCAUGAGGCUCUUCAGAAAAUUGUUGAUGUGCUCUGACUGCCUGGAAGAGCUUGACCUCGAGGACAACCUGAUCGGUGACCUUGGAGGUCGUGAGAUCAUGGAGGGACUGAUGUACAGGAAAGAAGAGAAACUUGGUGGUGUUAAGAUGAGAGCAACACACAGGAUGAAUUCUGAUACGUUCAACACAAUCAUCAAACUCGGAUCAGGACUCAAGAAGAAGAAAAAGGGAAAGAAAAAGGGCAAAAAGAAAAAGAAGUAAAGCAUCUCAAGUAUUUCUCACAGCCUUGCCAAACCAUUACUCCAGAUCUUUAAGUACGAAUGCGUUGCCAUACAGUAUUGAAGACAGCAGUGCCACAAGUCUACAGAUUCUGUGAUAUCCUACAACAGCACCAUACACACAUGUCCAGUGUUUUUACGCUCUAGUUUAGAAUAGCACUCGAGUGCCGUUUGAUAUCAAAUAUAUCAACACGGGUUCAUAAAAGUAAAAAAGUGUGAGGCAAAAGAUACAAGGGUGAGGUUUAUCAUCCAGAAUAGUUUUUACAACUUUACUCAGUUUGUAAACUGUAUUAACCAGUGUUUUGAGUGGGAAGAGAACACCUAACCAGUGGUAGAGAGGCUAGUGAUGUCACUUGAUUGUAAAUCAGGGGGGAUCUGUGAUGUCACAGUAAUCUUAAAGCAUUGUGAUGUAAUAUCAUUGUAGCAGGGUCUCAACCAACUGAUAUCUCUUUGGAUUAUAAAUUAUUUUGAAGUUAUAGAUGUCUGCAGACUGACCAGCUGCGGUUGUUGUCACACAAGAAUUAUGUGUGAUAUUGUUUAUAUACAAUUAACACGAAGACACUGUCAGAGCCUAGUAGUUAAAGCGGUCGCUCGUCACGCUAAAGACCCGGGUUCAAGUCUCCACAAGAUUACAAUGUGUGAAGCCCAUUUCUGGCCUCCCCUGCUGUGUGGUAAAAGCGGAGAAAAACUAUCCUCACUCAUUCUUUUAAUGUCUUUUGGUAUGAUGUGCCCAGGGAUUAAAUACCUCUUGUCUGUCACUCCAUGUCAAUAGGGAAGCAACUCUGCACAGUAAACUGUGACAUCUCAGACAACAGGUACACCUCUGCUCUAAUGAAGGACAACCUUAGGCUGGUGAAACAAAGCCUCAUUCUGCUCAUCGUGUGUUCUCUGUAGACUGUGAUGACAUUAACCCUAGCUGCUAUUGUACAAUGCAACCUUAGCACUUACAACACUCGUAAGUCUAUGUUAAGGUAUGGGAGAUUAUUAUGGCUAAGAUCUCUUUGUACAAGGCACCCUGAGUUGAAAACUGCCAUUUACUACAUAUGUGUGAUGUUACUGUAUUUAAGUAAUCUUAACAUGACCAGUUUGUGUUUCAUUGAUUA